AUGGUUGACUCCAAGCCCACUACAGUAACCGCUGAAAUUGACGAAACAACACCAACCACCAUUCCCACGACUUUGACUUCCGAACGACCUCGGCCAUCUAUAGUCAUUCAGCCGAUUGUUUCAAAGACGACAAUCAACGAAUUCCACGUUUUGGGACAUCAACCCGAGUUGAACAGUGAAGAAGCUCGCCGCACAGCUCUCGUUCAUGAAAACACUAAGGCGGUACCCACACCGACAGAAACUGCCACUGAAACUGAACAAACUUCCGCUGUUACGGAACCCACACCUGAACCAGCGACUCCGCCUGCAGUGGAGUCCACACACGAAACACAUCCC